GCUGGGGUCAGCUGACGUGCCUUUGUCUUUGUUUGGCUUCUCAUCUUCUGGCGCUAAACUGGGCACUAUGAAGGAGUCUAGUGCAUCGGUCUCACUUACCCGGAGUGCAUACCGUGGCGGCCCCAAGUUUUGGGCAGGAAAGGUGCCGCUGGGGUCUGCCCUUGCUCGCGGGCGCUCGCGGCGCUGUGCCUGCGCCCUCCUUUCUUCUCUCCUCUGCGCCGGCCGCCGGGACCCAGGGCACCUGCAGCGGGGCUGGUGCGAGUGUUGUCCCGGGAAACGCCGGAAUGAGACGAGACGAUGAAAACCUUAAGUGUGGAACUGCGUUUCAGGCCAGUGUUCUGGCUGCAAGAGUCACCCCUAGUACCCCCUCCUGCCCUAGGUCGGUCCCGCUGUCCGCAGGGGGCAGGGGCUGCUGUGUGCUGGGUCAGCUUAGAGCGAUGCUCCUCAGACUUGGAAAACUUUCUAGUUGUUCUCACACCAGUACUUUGGGAAAAUACAAUAAGGGUGAAAUACUAGAAAAAUGUUCACGUGCUUCGAUGCCAUGUAAUGCCAAACAUCAUGUCAAUGGCAACAGAACAGUCGAACCUUUCCCAGAGGGAACACAGAUGGCUGUAUUUGGAAUGGGCUGUUUCUGGGGAGCUGAAAGGAAAUUCUGGGUCUUGAAAGGAGUAUAUUCAACUCAAGUUGGUUUUGCAGGAGGCUAUACUUCAAAUCCUACUUAUAAAGAAGUCUGCUCAGAAAAAACUGGCCAUGCAGAAGUCGUCCGAGUGGUGUACCAGCCAGAACACAUCAGUUUUGAGGAACUGCUCAAGGUCUUCUGGGAGAAUCACGACCCGACCCAAGGUAUGCGCCAGGGGAACGACCAUGGCACUCAGUACCGCUCGGCCAUCUACCCGACCUCUGCCAAGCAAAUGGAGGCGGCCCUGAGCUCCAAAGAGAACUACCAAAAGGUUCUUUCAGAGCACGGCUUUGGCCCCAUCACUACCGACAUUCGGGAGGGACAGACUUUCUACCACGCAGAAGACUACCACCAGCAGUACCUGAGCAAGAACCCCAACGGCUACUGCGGCCUUGGGGGCACCGGCGUGUCCUGCCCAGUGGGUAUUAAAAAAUAAUUUCUCCCCACAUGGUGGGCCUUUGAGGUUCCAGUAAAAAUGCUUUCAACAAAUUGGGCAGUGCUUGUGUGACUCACAAUUGUGGCAUUUAAAGUGCACAAAGUACAAAGGAAUUUAUACAGAUCGCGUUUACUGAAGUAUAAUCUAUAGGAGGCGCGAUGGCAAGUUGAUAAAAUGUGAUUUAUCUCCUAAUAAGUUAUGGUGGGAGUGGAGCUGUGCAGUUUCCUGCGUCUUCUGGGGUCUGAGUGAAGAUAGCGGGGAUGCUGUGUUCACCCUUCUUGGUAGAAGCUAAGGCGUGAGCUGGGAGGUUGCUGGACAGGACAGGGGACCCCAGAAGUCCUUUAUCUGUGCUCUCUGCCCGCCAGUGCCUUACAAUUUGCAAAUGUGUAUAGCCUCAAUGACUCAUUCACUGAAAUCCUUUGCUUUACCAAAUCUAGACAUGCAUAAGGGGCUUUCUCUCCCUUUUCAGCCCUCUCUGUGCAGAGAAAAGAUGUGAGUCUGCUUGAUGAAUUCUAAUGCUUUGCUUAGAGCUAUGAGAAAUGUUUGUUUUAAUAAAAACCUACAGUCCAAUAAUG